AUGUCUUCGAGCUCAUCCACUUUAAGGAAUCAGCUACAAGUGACUUGUGUUCAAUCACGAGAAGGAGUAAAGCUUUGUGAUUGUGGCGUUCCAGCUAAAGAACGAACGUGUUGGAAGAUAACAAACCCUGGGAGGCAUUUCUGGAAUUGUCAAAACAAUUUGGUAGGUCCCGAUAAUCCUGAUCUUGAUAACUUACUAUUUAAGACUAGGUUGAAGAAAUGUACCUUCUUUGAAUGGAAAGACGAAGAACAGGAAGAAGGGUACUACAAAAACCUUCUAUAUUCUCUGAAGCAGAAACUUGAUGCAAAAGAGGAUCUAUCUGAGAUGAAAAAUUUGAGGAGAAGGAUUGAUGAAGUGGAGUUCUUGCUGUCAUAG